GUCAGUAGAGCGGCGGCGUCGCUGUCAAUCGCUUCGUGGGCUCCGCGGGGCCUUCGCGUUUUCUCGCCCGCCCGGGAGGGGAGCUCCGUGAUGGGGCUCGGCGGCCUCUUCCCCGCGACCUGCCUCGCCGCUCGUGGCCCCCCGGGACGCCGUUAGUCAAGCUGUGGCGCCGGUGCCGCUCCGCCCUUCGCCGCGGUGAGGUAACUCUAGAAGAAACUGUGGGAGUCCUUGAAACAUAAUUUCUGGAGUGCACACAAGAGGCCAUCAAAAUGUCAGGAGCUUCUGUAAAAGUGGCUGUCCGGGUCAGACCUUUCAACUCCCGAGAGACUAGCAAAGAGUCCAAAUGCAUCAUCCAGAUGCAAGGAAACUCAACCAGUAUUCUGAACCCAAAGAAUCCCAAAGAAGCACCAAAAUCCUUCAGCUUUGACUACUCAUACUGGUCCCAUACCUCGUCAGAGGAUCCUUGUUUCGCAUCUCAAAAUCGUGUGUACAAUGAUAUCGGGAAAGAAAUGCUGCUCCACGCCUUUGAAGGCUACAACGUCUGUAUCUUUGCGUAUGGCCAAACCGGAGCUGGUAAAUCUUACACCAUGAUGGGGAAGCAGGAGGAGAACCAGGCAGGGAUCAUCCCACAGCUCUGUGAAGAGCUCUUUGAGAAGAUCAACGACAACAGCAACGAGGAAAUGUCUUACUCUGUGGAGGUCAGCUUCAUGGAGAUCUACUGUGAGAGGGUUAGAGACUUGCUGAACCCCAAGAACAGAGGGAAUUUGCGGGUCCGGGAGCACCCCCUGCUUGGACCUUACGUGGAAGACCUCUCCAAACUUGCUGUCACUUCUUACAGCGACAUUGCAGACCUCAUGGAUGCUGGGAAUAAAUCGAGGACGGUGGCAGCCACCAACAUGAAUGAAACCAGCAGCCGCUCGCAUGCCGUCUUCACGAUCGUUUUCACUCAGAAGAAACACGAUGCUGAAACCAACCUUUCUACUGAGAAGGUCAGCAAGAUCAGUCUGGUAGACCUCGCAGGGAGUGAGAGAGCCGACUCUACUGGUGCCAAAGGGACUCGAUUAAAGGAGGGGGCAAACAUCAACAAAUCGCUCACCACACUGGGGAAAGUGAUUUCGGCCUUGGCGGAAGUGAGUAAGAAGAAAAAGAAAACCGACUUUAUUCCGUACAGGGAUUCUGUGCUGACGUGGCUGCUUCGGGAAAACCUAGGUGGCAACUCCAGAACUGCCAUGGUGGCUGCCCUGAGCCCAGCAGACAUAAACUACGAUGAAACGUUAAGCACAUUAAGGUAUGCAGAUCGGGCAAAACAGAUCAAAUGUAAUGCAGUGAUCAAUGAGGAUCCCAACGCCAAGCUGGUGCGGGAGCUGAAGGAAGAAGUCUUACGGCUCAAAGACUUGCUUCGUGCUCAAGGGCUUGGGGACAUCAUCGACACAUCCAUGGGCUCCCUCACUGCCUCUGCAUCUUCCUGCUCUCUCAGUAGUCAGGUGGGCUUAACUGCGGUCUCCAGUAUCCAAGAGCGGAUCAUGUCUACCCCUGGAGGAGAGGAAGCCAUUGAACGUUUGAAGGAAUCUGAGAAAAUCAUUGCAGAGCUGAAUGAAACAUGGGAGGAGAAACUGAGGAAGACCGAAGCCAUUAGGAUGGAGAGGGAAGCUCUGUUAGCUGAGAUGGGAGUCGCCAUCCGAGAAGACGGAGGCACCCUCGGCGUCUUCUCACCGAAAAAGACACCUCAUCUCGUAAACCUGAACGAGGAUCCCCUGAUGUCAGAGUGCCUGCUUUAUUACAUCAAAGAUGGUAUAACUAGGGUUGGCCAGGCAGAUGCAGAACGACGCCAAGACAUUGUCCUGAGUGGAGCGCAUAUCAGGGAGGAGCACUGCGUUUUCCGAAGCGAGAGGAACCCUAACGGCAGUGUGAUUGUUAGCCUAGAGCCGUGUGAAUGCUCAGAAACCUACGUCAAUGGCAAGAGGGUGGUGCAGCCUGUCCAGCUGCGUUCAGGAAAUCGCAUUAUUAUGGGCAAAAACCACGUGUUCCGCUUCAACCAUCCUGAGCAGGCCAGGGCUGAAAGAGAGAAGACGCCGUCGGCUGAGACUCCCUCUGAGCCUGUAGACUGGACGUUUGCCCAGAGGGAAUUGCUGGAGAAACAGGGAAUUGACAUGAAGCAGGAGAUGGAGAAAAGACUUCAAGAGAUGGAGAUUCUGUAUAAGAAGGAGAAGGAAGAAGCAGAUCUCUUACUGGAGCAGCAGAGGCUGGACUAUGAAAGUAAACUUCAGGCUUUGCAGAAACAGGUUGAAACCCGGUCUUUGGCUGCUGAGACCACGGAGGAGGAGGAGGAGGAGGAGGAAGAGGAGGUGCCUUGGACUCAGCACGAGUACGACCUCGCCCAGUGGGCUUUCCGCAAAUGGAAGCUUCACCAGUUUACGUCUUUAAGAGACCAGCUGUGGGGGAACGCAGUCUAUCUGAAGGAAGGGAAUGCCAUUAGCGUGGAGCUGAAAAAGAAGGUACAGUUCCAGUUUGUUCUGCUGACCGACACGCUCUACUCCCCGUUAGCUCCGGAGCUGCUGCCCGCCGACUCCGAGAAGCCCCGGGGCCAUUGCCCCUUCCCUCGCACGGUGGUGGCUGUGGAAGUGCAGGAUCUGAAGAACGGUGCCACUCACUACUGGUCCCUGGAGAAACUCAGGCAGAGAUUGGAGCUGAUGAGAGAAAUGUACGACCGAGCCGGAGAGAUGGCCUCCGAUGCCCAGGAAGAGAAUGAGAGCACCCUGACCGGCAGUGACCCUUUCUACGACAGAUUCCAUUGGUUCAAGCUGGUUGGCAGUGUUCCGUUAACCGAUAUGUCUAGCUCCCCCAUUUUCCACGGCUGUGUGAAUGAGCGCCUGGCUGACCGCACGCCCUCCCCCACUCUCUCCACGGCCGAUUCGGAUAUCACCGAGCUGGCGGAUGAGCAGCAAGACGAGAUGGAGGAUUUUGACGACGAGGCCUUUGUGGACGACACGGGCUCCGACGUUGGGACCGAGGAGGGAUCGGACCUCUUCAGUGAUGGGCAUGACCCGUUUUACGACCGGUCCCCUUGGUUCAUUUUGGUGGGAAGGGCAUUUGUAUACUUGAGCAAUCUUCUCUAUCCAGUCCCCCUCAUUCACAAAGUGGCCAUCGUCAGUGAGAAGGGAGAAGUGCGUGGAUUUUUGCGCGUGGCAGUCCAAGCUAUAGCUGCUGAUGAAGAAGCUCCUGAUUACGGGUCUGGCGUUCGGCAAUCCGGCACAGCUAAGAUCUCAUUUGAUAAUGAGUAUUUUGACAAGAGCAACUUUUCGUCCGUGUCCAUGACUUGUUCUGGAUUGUCCAUGGAAGAAUUGAGGAUUGUCGAAGGCCAAGGCCAGAGCGCAGAAGUCAAUAUGCCUCCUGAAGAAAUCAACAGGAUGAACGAUAUGGACCUGAAAUCCGGCACUUCGUUGGAUGGCAAGAUGGCCGUGGAAGGCUUUACUGAGGAAGUUGGGGACCACCUGAAACUGGGUAGUGUGUUUACAUUCCGCGUGACGGUGCUCCAGGCCAGCGGGAUUCCCCCCGAAUAUGCAGAUAUCUUCUGCCAAUUCAACUUUCUGCACCGGCACGAUGAAGCUUUCUCUACUGAGCCUCUGAAAAAUAAUGGCCGAGGGACACCGCUUGGUUUUUAUCACGUCCAAAAUAUUUCUGUGGAAGUGACAGAAUCCUUUGUCGAAUACAUCAAGGCAAAGCCCAUCGUCUUUGAGGUCUUUGGACAUUACCAGCUCCACCCGCUCCAUCUGCAGGGACAGGAUCUCAGCAGCCCUCCGCAGCCCUCCCGGCGGUAUUUCCCUCCUCCCAUGCCACUCUCAAAGCCAGUCCCAGCAACCAAGCUCAACACGAUGAAUAAACCCAACUUGGGACAGAGCAUGACCAAGUACGACCUCCUCGUUUGGUUCGAGAUUAGCGAACUGGAGCCGACGGGAGAAUACAUCCCUGCCAUUGUUGACCACACUGGGGGUCUGCCUUGCCAAGGGACGUUCUUGCUUCACCAGGGAAUACAGCGUAGGAUCACCAUUACCAUCAUCCACGAGAAGGGCAAUGAACUGCACUGGAAAGAUGUGCGAGAGCUGGUGGUUGGGCGCAUCCGGAACAAAGCCGAGGUGGAUGAAACUGCCGCGGACGCCAUCUUGUCCCUGAACAUCAUCUCCGCAAAAUACUUGAGGGUUUCUCACAGCUCAAACAGGACUUUCUACCGCUUCGAGGCUGUCUGGGACAGCUCCCUGCACAACUCCCUUCUGUUGAACCGGGUGACCCCCUACUCAGAGAAGAUCUACAUGACGCUCUCGGCUUACCUGGAGCUGGACCACUGCAUCCAACCCGCCGUCAUCACCAAGGACAUCUGCAUGGUCUUCUACUCACGAGAUGCCAAGAUUUCGCCCCCCCGCUCCCUGCGCAGUCUCUUUGGCCGCGGCUACUCGAAGUCCCCAGAUUCCAACCGAGUCACCGGUAUCUAUGAGCUGAGCCUGUGCAAAAUGGCUGACACGGGAAGCCCAGGGAUGCAGAGGAGGAGACGGAAGGUCCUAGACACCUCCGUGGCGUACGUCCGAGGGGAAGAGAAUCUGGCGGGGUGGCGGCCCCGAGGAGACAGCCUCAUCCUGGAGCAUCAGUGGGAGCUGGAGAAGAUGGAGCUGCUGCACGAGGUCGAGAAGACUCGCCACUUCCUGCUGCUGCGGGAGAAGCUGGCUGACGGGCUCCCCAAGUCCAUGAGUGACUCGCUGUCCCCCAGCCUCAGCAGCAGCACCCUCAGCACCUCUGCCAGCAUCUCCUCUCAGAUCUCCUCCACCACCUUCGAUAGCGCCAUCACCCCCAGCGAGAGCAGCGGCUACGACUCGGCGGACAUCGAGAGCCUUGUGGAGCGGGAGAAGGAGCUAGCCACCAAGUGCCUUCAGCUUCUUACUCAUUCUUUCAACCGCGAAUUCAACCAGGUCUACAACAGCAUCAGCGAUUGUAAGCUGUCGGAUAUCUCUCCCAUCGGGCGGGAUCCGUCGGUCUCCAGCUUCAGCAGCUCCACGCUCACCCCUUCCUCCACCUGCCCCUCGCUGUCGGAUUCGAGGUACAACUCUGCGGAUCAGAAAACCCCCGAAGCAAAUUCUCGGGCCUCCAGCCCUGGGCUGGAGACAGAACCAUUCCAGCUGACUCCCCCUGCUGAAGUUUCUUAUCUGGCAAGAGCGGGGAAAAACGAGUUUUUGAACCUCGUUCCGGAUAUUGAGGAAAUCCGACCUGGCUCUGUGGUCUCCAAGAAAGGUUACCUGCACUUCAAGGAGCCGCUUUCCCCCUCGUGGGCCAAACAUUUUGUGGUGGUCCGCCGCCCGUACGUCUUCAUCUACAACAGCGACAAGGAUCCGGUGGAGAGGGGAAUUAUCAACCUCUCCACGGCUCAGGUGGAGUACGGCGAGGAUCAGCAGGCCAUGGUGAAGACCCCAAACACGUUUGCUGUCUGCACCAGACACCGCGGUGUCCUCCUCCAGGCCAUCAACGACAAAGACAUGAGUGACUGGCUGUAUGCCUUCAACCCCCUUCUUGCCGGCACGAUACGGUCCAAACUCGCCCGAAGACUCUCAGGACAGCUGAAGUACUAAGUCCCUGGGGAAUUCUCAUGCAAUUUUUAUUUUGUCCCGAAUACGCCUUCAGCUAUAGGCAAAACAUC